CCAUCUAUACAAACCUCAGCAGCUACAACCCCAACCACCCCAACCAUGUAUCAUCAUCCUACCCAGGGGGCCAGAUGCCCGACGGCUACCCAUGCCACGGACCCCACAGACCCGGAGGCCAGGGACCCCACCAUCCCCACAACAGGGGCCUGGAUGCGCCACAGACUGUCCCAGAGGUCCCUCACCCUCCCGGCGACACCACCUCCUCCCCUCCCUCGCUCUCUCCCAUCGACCUGGAGACCCAGGAGAGGAUCAAGGCCGAGAGGAAGAAACUACGUAACCGGAUCGCGGCGUCUAAGUGUCGUAAAAGGAAGCUGGAGCGGAUCUCCCGGCUAGAGGAGAAGGUGAAGGUUCUGAAGACCCAGAACUGUGACCUGACCUCCACCGCCUCGGUCCUGAGGGAACAGGUGGCCCAGCUCAAACAGAAAGUCAUGAAUCACGUCACCAACGGCUGCCAAAUAGCAGUCAGUUCAGUCACCCUGCAGGCCAACAGCACCGGAGAGAGGAACAGCACCAGCUGCUGAUCAACGGACUGUACAGGGAUGAGAAGUGUAUUUUUUUUCUGUUGCUCUGAGUCAGUCCUCUAUAAAGGAGGUAGUACCUCUACUGUACAGGGAUGAGGAGUGUUGUGAUGGUAAGUAAAAUAUGCUAACUACGUGAGUGGUUGGGGAGAAGGGAGAAUCCCACCUCUCUAACCUCUACAGACACUUUGAGUUGUAGUAGUAGUAACACAACAAGAAAAGUACAUGGGACAUUUCACUUUUAUUUUGCCCCUCGCGCAGCCCUGAGAGCGACCAAAAGGACCUCUGCUCAAUGGGAGAGUACCAGACUGACGACUGCACUCUACAACACUGAACCACGUAACCGUUAGAAGAGUGAGGAGCGGAGGACAUCGUGCCUCUAGUGUACAGUUCAGUAGGUCCAGGGUGCUUGUGGUAAACAGAAAUUCUAAUAACUGAGAGAGUAUGAAACUUUCGGGGUUCCCUGGGAAGGGGGUACAUACACUACACCUCAGAACAAGAAUUUCUACAUUCUAGGUCAUCUCUAUGAUAAAAAAAAAAUAUCAAACACUGUUCUAUGGUAUUUUUACCUGAGUAUUGUCAGGUAUAAUUGUCAUUAUCUGAGUAUUGUCAGGUAUAAUUGUCAUUACCUGAGUAUUGUCAGGUAUAAUUGUCAUUACCUGAGUAUUGUCAGGUAUAAUUGUCAUUUACCUGAGUAUUGUCAGGUAUAAUUGCCAUUACCUGAGUCAGGUGAUAAGCCUACAUCUGUAGUAAAGUGUGAGUUUGACUUUAGAACAUUUUGAAAAUGACAAUUAACGGUACUAGGAUAAUCUCAUGUGGAACCUCAAGGCCCUGAGCAUACUCACUCUAAACUGUAGUUUGAAGUUAUGGGAAUUCAAGCUUUUUCCGCUUUUUCAACAAACAAGUAAUUGGUCAAAGUAUCACAAUGUUGUUGAUCAAAUCCAUUGGUCGUAAUAAUGUUGAUGUAGAUAAGAGGUGCAGAUUUAUUUGUUUAAGUCACUUUAGUCUCUUGUAUUGGAAUGUAUUAUCUGUCUGUUUAGAAUUGUGCAAUGUGUGUAUGAGAUGACAGCAAAACCAACCUCUUGAGACUUUCAACUCUAAGGGCUGGAUACAAUCCGUAUUGCCAAAGUAUUGCAGAAUAUCCGCGUUAUAGCUUGUUUGAAAUUUAAAUGGCAAUGUUCCCGCGUUUGCAGAGCUCGCAUUCAAGGUAAAAGCUGCAUAUGUCGGAAAUUACCUUUUCAUUUUAACACGGAUCUUGCGCGAUCCGGAUUGAAUCCAGACCUAAAUGUGUUUUUAUUAAAUAACUGUGUUCAUGUGAAACAGACAGAAGCUUCUGGUGAUAUAGAAAUAGUUUAAAGAGAUUUAAACCAAUCACAACUUUGUAAGAUAAACUUUAUAGUAACAAAGAUUACUAUUGGUUGUCAUUAUGGAACAUGGAAAAUUCAUUUUGGAACCUUGGUAAUUCAUUUUGGAACCUUGGUAAUUCAUUUUGGAACAUUGGUAAUUCAUUUUGGAACCUUGAUAAUUCAUUUUGGAACCUUGAUAAUUCAUUUUGGAACCUUGGUAAUUCAUUUUGGAACCUUGGUAAUUCAUUUUGGAACCUUGGUAAUUCAUUUUGGAACCUUGAUAAUUCAUUUUGGAACCUUGGUAAUUCAUUUUGGAACCUUGGUAAUUCAUUUUGGAACCUUGAUAAUUCAUUUUGGAACCUUGGUAAUUCAUUUUGGAACCUUGAUAAUUCAUUUUGGAACCUUGGUAAUUCAUUUUGGAACCUUGGUAAUUCAUUUUGGAACAUUGGUAAUUCAUUUUGGAACCUUGGUAAUUCAUUUUGGAACUUUGGUAAUUCAUUUUGGAACCUUGAUAAUUCAUUUUGGAACCUUGGUAAUUCAUUUUGGAACAUUGAUAAUUCAUUUUGGAACCUUGAUAAUUCAUUUUGGAACCUUGGUAAUUCAUUUUGGAACCUUGGUAAUUCAUUUUGGAACCUUGAUAAUUCAUUUUGGAACCUUGAUAAUUCAUUUUGGAACCUUGGUAAUUCAUUUUGGAACCUUGGUAAUUCAUUUUUGGAACAUUGGUAAUUCAUUUUGGAACCUUGGUAAUUCAUUUUGGAACCUUGAUAAUUCAUUUUGGAACCUUGGUAAUUCAUUUUGGAACCUUGAUAAUUCAUUUUGGAACCUUGAUAAUUCAUUUUGGAACCUUGGUAAUUCAUUUUGGAACCUUGGUAAUUCAUUUUGGAACCUUGGUAAUUCAUUUUGGAACAUUGGUAAUUCAUUUUGGAACCUUGGUAAUUCAUUUUGGAACCUUGAUAAUUCAUUUUGGAACCUUGGUAAUUCAUUUUGGAACAUUGGUAAUUCAUUUUGGAACCUUGAUAAUUCAUUUUGGAACCUUGAUAAUUCAUUUUGGAACCUUGGUAAUUCAUUUUGGAACCUUGGUAAUUCAUUUUGGAACCUUGGCAAUUCAUUUUGGAACCUUGGUAAUUCUGAAAGAUUUUCCUACACUCCAACCAAAAUACCUUGUGCACUGUUCUUCCUGUAAUAAUGCUGACCUAUAGGUGUUAGUGUAGGAGUAAAAUGAUGUCAAUGUGGUAACAUUGUGGAUCAGUGCUGUGUUAACCUGAACUAGACCGUGUCAGAGAUACAUUUUCAGAGACAUUUUAGACAAACUUGUUGUGUUAAUAGACAGACGGACAGACAGACGGACGGACGGACGGACGGACGGACAGACGGACGGACGGACGGACGGACGGACGGACGGACGGACGGACAGACAGACAGACAGACAGACAGACAGAGAAGAGGCUUCUUGAGAAUGCAGCAAGCUACAAUGAAGUAACAAGACAAGGGCUUUUAAUCAAUAGAUAUAUUAUGAUUUUAUUUCUGGAGCAAUUUAUUUAUGCAAAAUGUAUCUUUGGUAUUUAUGUUUUUGGGGAAAUAUGAUAUUGCACAUAAAUCAAAACGUGAAA